AUGCUGGAUUUCGGUGCCUCACCGGAGUCAUUCAAAAAUGAGAACGAUAUGCAGAUUGACAACUACCUCGAUUGUGCUAUACAGGGGUUUGCUGCACGAUGGCUGCCACUGAUCUCUCCUAUCAGUACUACAGGAGCUCCCUGUCUCGAAAUUGUGAGGAGCUUAUGGCGGCGCGCGCACAGAGAUAUGCUCAAAGUCAUCAACAGACCGUCCUAUCGAUCCAUGCUGGCCUUACUACUCUUUGCUCUUACCCCAACUCCAGUCGGUAUAUCUGAAGAAGAAGAGUUGGAUGGUGUCUCCGGCCAACAUUGUGUUCAUGCCGCGCUGCAACAAAUCCAGUCACUCCGUGCUCGCCAGAGAAGCCUUCAAUUUAACGGCACACGGGUAAGCCUUGCCAGUGUGCGACGCACUUCGGCUACAAGUCCCCAGUCACUUGCCACCACCAACUUCAUCAAUGCUGAGAGUACAGCAUAUUGGGCUGCAUUAACAUUUGACACAUCUGCGUCCCUGACCAUGAGUUGUAGACCCUUACUUUCGUCCGGGCUUUUUGGUUUCGACGCCGAACCGUCGUGGCGUAUGGUUCGGACAUGUGCAGAAAUAUUCAAAGGAAUGACAAAGGACUGGAAAGAACCUGAUUUCGAGAUGACUAAUGAAAAGGCAAAUCAAAUCAUAGCCUCUGGAGCAGCGUGGAAGUUAUUACAAUGGAAAUUGACCGCUAAUCUCAAGGAGUCACUACGAGAUGGACACGACGAGAUUGAGGUGAACAAAGCGUUCAAUGCUGUUUCCGACGCUAUUGACCAUUUCAACGUCACCUACCGAGAUUUGCUCAGUGCAUGUCAGACUCGAAUACAGUUUUUCAGUCAGGAAACGAAACUUCGCUGGUACGAACUGGUGAUGCAUUACAAUCUCAGCAUCUUGAUGGUUCCAGAUAUAGUAGCUACCACGCACCGUGAGGACCUAUUAUCCUUGUUCUCGGCAAAGCGAAUGAAUGCAGAGACCUGGGUCAUGAAUUGCCUAGAGUUCGGCCUCAACAACAAGUACACCCUACAACUUCGAAGCGACAAAAGCCCUUCUGAUCCGAAAGCACCCAUCACCUCAGAGAAUACGGUUACAGUUCCAUUGGUUGCAAUAGACCCGUAUCCACAUCAUGUUGUUGCAGCUGUGAAACUCAUGCAACAAGCUAUCGACAGGGACUCCGCCAGAGGCAAGAUCGGUUCGGGUGCUUACAAUAAUCUCCUCUCCACAUUGAGGCAGACAUUGGAGCAGUUACCCCAGUGCUCAAAAUCCGUACAAAUGGCCAGAGCCGAUUUUGCAAAACCGGAGCAUCCUUCCCAGCCAGCAUAUCCACAAUGGUGA